AUGCGUUGCAUUCGACAAAUCCUUGGUUCAGCCUUGGGGUAUAUGGCUUUCGUCUUGCCCACCCAAGCUGCUCCUCUCGAUACUUCUGCUUCAGCACCACAGUCUUCCGGUAGCAUUCAGUUCCCAGUCGGAGCAAAUGGACCAAACGCCCCGGUCGUGUUUCCUCUCUCGAAUGGAUUCCCGAACAUAGGAAAGGGCACCCCAGCUUUUCAACAGCUAACGGACCAAGCUCAUGGUUCUAUAUCGAACGCACCACCACCACCAUCUUUGGCUCCAGACGAUCUAAGAAGUUUCAAGGUCAUCCAGAUCCAGGAGACUUUUGAAGUCUAUUACUUCACCCAACUGCUGCUCAACAUUACCAACAACGUCCCCGGCUUUGAGAUCCACGAUUCAUCAUUGAAGCAAGAUCUUAUUGACAAGCUGACAAUCAUCCAAGGCCAGGAGCAGUGGCAUGCCAUCAAUGCCGGCAACGUUCUACAACACUUUAACGUCUCCCAGAUUCAGCCGUGUGUCUUCAAAUCUCCUGCGACUGACCUCACAAGCGCCAUCCAAAUUGCCGCAAACUUCACUGCCGUGGUGAUUAGCACUCUUCAAGAUGUUGCAGUCCGCCUUGGGCAAAAUGGAGACUCGGGUGUGAUUAGGGGCGUCGUUUCUGUGGUUGGCCAAGAAGGAGCACAGCAAGGCAUCUACCGCACACUGUUCAAUGAUCUGGUCCCUUCAGAACUCCCGUUCCUGACUCAGUCAACCCGUGAGUUUGCGUACUCGUCGCUUCAGCAGAACUUCAUUGUGCCUGGCACCUGUCCCAACGACAACACCAUUGACGUGCCGAUUUUCGGGACAUUGAACCUCUUGACCAAGGACAUCCAAGCUGUCGACCAGGAACUCACCUUCAGCAUCUCGAGAGAUUCGGUUCAAGGUCUCAGCCUGGUGUACAUCAACCAACAGAACCUGCCAAUCGUUGAAACGAUCACCAACCCGUCUACGAGCAACGGGGUUACCACCUUCUCAGCCAAUUUCCCUUUCAGCCAGAACUCAUUGAACGGCCUUACAAUUGCGGCGGUAGUCAACUCGACCGGGCCCUUUGCAAAUGCAAACGAAGUCGCAAACAAGACCCUCUUUGGUCCUGGCCUGAUUUACCCUAAUUAG